UCCCUCUCUUUCUAAUUCUAUUUCUCUUUCUCUCACUUGGGGUCUAUAUAUAGUAAAUAGCCUUUGAGCCUUCUGAAUCAUCUCUCUCAAACUUUUCUCCUCUGCUCUUAUUUUGCAUUAUCUUCUUUUCUCAGACACCCAAUUUCCAGGUCUUACAGUAUGGGAAGCAGUGAAGGAACCAACUAUGGGGCUUACACCUAUGAGAACCUUGAGAGGGAACCUUACUGGCCAUCUGAGAAGCUUCGAAUUUCAAUUACUGGUGCUGGUGGUUUUAUUGCCUCCCACAUUGCUCGCCGUUUGAAGAGUGAGGGCCAUUACAUUAUUGCUUCCGACUGGAAGAAGAAUGAGCACAUGACAGAAGAUAUGUUCUGUCAUGAAUUCCAUCUUGUGGAUCUGAGGGUCAUGGAUAACUGCUUGAAGGUUACUAAGGGUGUAGACCAUGUAUUUAACCUUGCUGCUGAUAUGGGUGGGAUGGGUUUCAUCCAGUCCAACCACUCUGUCAUUAUGUACAACAACACAAUGAUCAGCUUCAACAUGCUUGAGGCCUCUAGGAUCAAUGGAGUUAAGAGGCUCUUCUAUGCCUCUAGUGCUUGUAUUUACCCUGAAUUUAAGCAACUGGACACUAAUGUUAGCUUGAAGGAGUCUGAUGCUUGGCCUGCAGAGCCUCAAGAUGCAUACGGCUUGGAGAAACUUGCUACAGAGGAGUUGUGCAAGCACUACACCAAGGACUUUGGAAUUGAAUGCCGCAUUGGAAGAUUCCAUAACAUUUACGGUCCUUUUGGAACAUGGAAAGGUGGCAGGGAGAAGGCACCUGCUGCUUUUUGCAGAAAGGCUCUGACUUCCACCGACAAGUUUGAGAUGUGGGGAGAUGGACUUCAGACCCGAUCAUUCACCUUUAUUGAUGAAUGCGUGGAGGGUGUGCUUAGAUUGACCAAGUCAGAUUUCCGGGAGCCAGUGAACAUUGGAAGUGAUGAAAUGGUUAGCAUGAAUGAGAUGGCUGAGAUUGUUCUUAGCUUUGAGGACAGGAAGCUCCCCAUCCAUCACAUUCCUGGCCCAGAAGGUGUCCGUGGGCGUAACUCUGACAACACCCUGAUCAAAGAAAAGCUCGGUUGGGCUCCUACGAUGAGGCUAAAGGAUGGCCUGAGAAUUACAUACUUCUGGAUCAAGGAACAGAUAGAGAAAGAGAAGUCUCAAGGAGUUGACUUGUCCAUUUAUGGAUCAUCUAAAGUGGUGGGAACUCAAGCACCAGUUCAAUUGGGUUCACUUCGUGCUGCUGAUGGCAAAGAGUGAAGCAGUUGAAGGUACGAAGCUCUUUCAGUAAUGUUAAAGAAAGCCGACUAUGAGGGUGUUUAUGAGAAUGGACCGCCUUUUAGCUUAAGUUACUAUUUGGUUUCUAUUUUGUAUUAUGUUCCUAUAUUUAAGGAAGUUAUCAUGCUCCCAUUUUAUCUUUUCCUGUUAAGGUCUCGGGCUUUGGUACUGUAAUUUAGCAUUUGUUGGCAAUCUUUUUCUCAUCAAUGUUGUAUCUUGUAAUAUUUAAGGGCUAAGCUUAGCAGCUAUCAGUAUUCAGUAUAGUUGUUAUGGAGGAAGCUUUGAUUCUGCAAAUAAAACCCUUUGAUUUGGGAUUACAAA